AUGAACCUUCCCAAAGCUGCUCUAGAGAUACCACUUGAGAUGUCUGAUAGCAAAUUUGCUGAAGACCCCAUCCAACAGCUUUGGACCCUAGAAUCAGUCGGAAUCGUUGAUCAAGAUAUGUCACCUGAGGAUAAAUUUGUACUGGAAGAAUUCAAGAAUUCCAUCAAUAUAGUUGAAGGACGAUAUGAGGUAUCUCUCCCCUGGAAAGUCGAUAAGAAACAACUCCCUACCAACUUAGCACUCUCGAGGAAAAGACUGAACAGUACUAUUCACAAGCUGAAACAAACUAAUAAGUAUCUGGAAAUUUAUGACCAGAUCAUCAAAGAACAACUGUCUCUCGGCUUCAUUGAAACAGUGCCAGAAGAAGACCAAAACCGGACAAAUGUCCAUUAUUUACCCCAUUUACCUGGUGAUUAA